AUGUUCAAUGAAUCCUCCAACAUGAAAUUAAGCGUGAACAAUCAAAAAGACGUCAAAACGUUUCAAGUCUUAGAGGCAAUUUUGAUACUUGGUCUUGUUGUCCUGAUGACUGUUUGCUUCAUGAGAGUGCGCAGCAUAGUUGAUCCUAACGGAGAAGAAGCCAUUGUCGGCAUUUACAAAGAGCUGGAAGAGGAAGAAGGACUCUACAGAGAUCACCCAGGAACCACGAUAAUUGAGGAGGACACCAAUAGAUCCAAUGACUCCUGCAGCUUUGAACUUGUGGAAAAUGUUCCUUAUGACUUAGCUUUUGAGAUAAAUAGCACUGCAGCCAAACCCUUGUACCAAGCCUGGAUGAGACUCCUUGACAUAGCCCAGGAAAAAAUUCAUGUGGCUUCUUACUAUUGGUCUCUUACUGGGAAGGAUAUCAACAUCAAUGAUUCAUCUUCCAAGCAGGGUGAAGAUAUUCUGAAGAGGUUUGAGAGAUUACUCGCAGAGAACAUCUCUGUGUAUGUUGCAGCAAGUAUGCCAACUUUGGCUACAAAUUCAACUGACCUUGAGCUUUUAGAGGAAAAAGGGGCUCAUGUAAAAAAGAUUGAUUUUGGACAUUUGGCAGGAGGAGUGUUGCAUAGCAAAUUCUGGAUUGUAGACAUGAAACACAUAUAUAUUGGUAGUGCAAAUAUGGACUGGAGAUCUUUGUCUCAG